CUCUCUGCGCUUACUCGUAACCCACUCCCCCUCCCCUCCCCCCUCUAUUUCUUUAUAUGCAUAUUACCGAUUUAAUCCAUCCAUUUCUACUUUCAUCAACUCAGCUUUGGAUCUCAGGGUUAUCUGUUUCAGCCGCUGAAACUUGAUUCCACAACUUCCAAAGGAUUGUUGCCGUAUUAUAUAUAGCAAGGAUUGGUGGUGAUCGUCUCAUGGUUCUCUAUCAUAGAGUUCUUUCCAUAGCCUUUAUAUAUACUUAAAUUGGAUAAUUGCUGGUUCUUGACACCUGAAAUUCGAACUUCAAUUCUAAUCAAGAAUGGAGAGCUUAGCGCAACUAGAAGCUUUGUGCGAGAGACUCUACAAUUCACAAGACUCAGUUGAACGUGCUCAUGCUGAGAACACUCUAAAAUGCUUUUCUGCAAAUACUGAUUACAUUUCACAGUGUCAGUACAUAUUGGACAAUGCUUCAACUCCUUAUGCAUUGAUGCUGGCUAGUUCGAGUCUGCUGAAGCAAGUGACUGAGCAUACACUAUCCUUGCAGCUCCGUCUUGAUAUACGAAACUACAUUUUUACCUAUUUGGCGAAAAGGGGACAUGAACUGCAGCCAUAUGUAAUCGGAUCUUUAAUCCAGCUCCUCUGCCGGGUGACCAAAUUUGGUUGGUUUGACGAUGAUAGGUUCAGAGAUGCAGUCAAAGACUCCACAAAUUUUUUGAUCCAGGCAUCGCCCGAUCAUUGCUCUAUUGGUUUAAAGAUACUAAAUCAGCUUGUUAGUGAGAUGAAUCAGCCAAAUCCGGGAUUGCCUUCUACACAUCAUCGAAGAGUUGCCUGCUCCUUUAGGGAUCAAUGUCUUUUUCAAAUUUUCCAAAUAUCUCUUACCUCCCUGCAACAGCUGAAAAGCGAAGUUGGGAGCCGCUUGCCAGAGUUGGCACUUUCUCUUGCAUUGAAAUGUCUGUCAUUUGAUUUUGUUGGCACAUCAAUUGAUGAAAGCUCAGAUGAGUUUGGUACUGUUCAGAUUCCAUCUUCAUGGAAGCCGGUUUUAGAAGAUCCUUCCACACUACAAAUAUUUUUUGAUUACUAUGCAAUCACAAAGCCUCCUUUGUCAAAAGAGGCUCUGGAAUGCUUAGUGCGACUGGCUUCAGUAAGGCGCUCUUUGUUCUCAAAUGAUGCUGCACGUUCGAAGUUCCUGGCUCAUUUAAUGACGGGAUCCAAAGAGAUUUUACAAGCAGGGCAAGGUCUUGCUGAUCAUGAUAAUUACCAUGAGUAUUGUCGUCUUCUCGGACGAUUUAGAGUAAACUAUCAGCUAUCAGAGCUUGUGAACGUGGAAGGCUACAGUGAUUGGAUACGUUUGGUGGCAGAGUUUACUUUAAAAUCGUUGCAGUCAUGGCAGUGGGCUAGUAGCAGUGUAUACUAUCUUUUGGGGCUGUGGUCGAGGUUGGUAACGUCUGUGCCCUACUUAAAGGCUGAUGCACCUAGCUUGCUUGACGAGUUUGUGCCCAAGAUUAGUGAAGGUUUUAUUACUUCAAGAUUUGAUUCCGUACAGGCAACUUCCCAAGACGACCUUUCUGAGAAUCCUCUUGACAAUGUAGAGCUUCUACAAGAUCAGCUUGAUUGCUUUCCUUAUCUUUGCAGAUUUCAGUAUGAAAGAAGUAGUUUAUUUAUUAUAAACAUUGUGGAGCCCGUCCUACAACUGUAUACGGAAAGAGCACAACAUCAGAUUAGUGAUAAAAGUGAAUUAUCCGUCAUUGAAGCCAAAUUAGCUUGGAUAGUUCAUAUAGUUGCUGCUAUAUUAAAGAUUAAACAGUGUAGUGGUUGCAGCACGGAUUCCCAAGAAGCUAUUGAUGCAGAACUAUCAGCUCGUGUUUUGCGAAUCAUAAAUGCCACAGAUAGUGGAUUACAUAGUCAGAGGUACGGUGAACUAAGCAAACAGAGACUUGACCAAGCAAUUUUAACAUUUUUUCAACACUUCAGAAAAUCUUAUGUAGGCGACCAAGCCAUGCAUUCUUCUAAGCAGCUUUAUGCCCGACUAUCUGACCUGCUUGGACUUAAUAACCAUCUUCAGGCGUUAAAUGUGAUUGUCGGAAAAAUUGCAACGAACCUGAAGUGUUAUACAGAGAGUGAGGAAGUUAUUGGUCACACCUUGAGCCUGUUUUUGGAACUUGCAUCUGGAUAUAUGACAGGAAAGCUACUUAUGAAGUUGGACACUGUCAAAUUCAUAGUUGCUAAUCAUACAAGGGAACACUUCCCUUUCCUUCACGAGUAUAGAUGCUCUCGCAGUAGAACGACAUUUUAUUACACUAUUGGCUGGUUAAUUUUCAUGGAGGACAGCCCUGUUAAAUUCAAAUCUUCUAUGGAUCCACUAUUACAGGUUUUUAUCAGUUUGGAGUCAAUCCCAGAUGCUAUGUUUCGUACUGAUACAGUAAAAUAUGCAUUAAUCGGAUUGAUGAGGGAUUUGAGAGGAAUUGCGAUGGCCACUAAUAGCCGAAGAACUUAUGGACUUUUKUUUGACUGGUUAUAUCCUUCUCACAUGCCGAUCAUUUUAAAAGGCAUUUCACAUUGGGCAGACACACCGGAGGUUACCACCCCGUUGUUGAAAUUUAUGGCUGAGUUUGUUCUGAACAAGGCUCAACGUCUGACUUUCGAUUCCUCUUCUCCUAAUGGGAUACUUCUUUUUCGAGAAGUUAGCAAGCUUCUUGUUGCAUAUGGAACAAGGAUCUUAUCUCUUCCGAAUGCUGCUGAUAUCUAUGCCUUCAAAUACAAGGGGAUAUGGAUUGCCUUGACUGUUCUUUCAAGGGCCCUUGCUGGAAAUUAUGUAAAUUUUGGCGUGUUUGAACUGUACGGAGAUAGAGCUCUUGCCGAUGCACUUGAUAUUGCUCUAAAAAUGACACUAUCAGUUCCUUUGGCAGAUAUUUUGGCUUACAGGAAGCUUACAAAGGCAUAUUAUGCAUUUUUGGAGGUUAUAUUCAACAGCCAUAUUGUUUAUAUGUUGAACCUGGAUAUGAACACGUUCAUGCAUAUAGUUGGCUCACUAGAAUCUGGAUUAAAAGGCCUUGACACAAGCAUCUCAACUCAGGCUGCAUCAGCAGUAGACAAUUUGGCGGCUUUCUAUUUCAACAACAUUACCAUUGCAGAGGCUCCGACUUCACCUGCUGCAGUCAACCUUGCUCGGCAUAUUGCAGAAUGCCCAACAUUGUUCCCAGAAAUACUGAAGACCCUGUUUGAGAUUGUUCUGUUUGAGGAUUGUGGGAAUCAAUGGAGCCUUAGCAGACCAAUGCUGAGCUUGAUACUAAUCAAUGAGCAGAUAUUUUCGGAUCUGAAAGCUCAUAUUCUAGGCUCACAGCCAGCAGAUCAGCAUCAGCGGCUUUCGUUGUGUUUUGACAAACUAAUGGGUGACGUAUCUAGAAGCUUGGAUUCAAAGAACCGUGACAAAUUCACUCAAAAUUUGACAAUCUUUAGACACGAUUUCCGAGUGAAGUAAGCAAUGUGUGUGUCGUUCGUUCCUAGUGUUGGUGUGUUUGUAUAGAAGAUAUCCGUAGCAUUCAAAUAUGAACAUCAUCGAUCGAAAACCAAAAGAAAGAUGUCGUGGUGGCUGGCGAUUAGAUUACUACCAUAAAUGUGGAGAUGCAGAGUGAAUAUUGAUUGAUAUUUGGGUGGUGUAGUAGUGUUGUUGGUUUGUACAGUCAGUCCUGCCUGCUUGCCAUGGAAGGGGAAGAAUAGUGUUUGAAGGUAUUUGACUAUUGUAUCAUAUCUUCAUAAUGAAUAGAGAAAUGAAUCGCAUUUCAUACCUUCAUUUCUUUA